AUGCGUUUAAUGAAAAAACUUCUCGAUCGCGGUUCAGCGGGUGAACUUAAACUUGAACCCGAAGAACAAGAAGAUAUGUGGCAUGCUUAUAAUCUAAUUGCUGUUGGUGAUAGUCUUCGUGCAACAACUGUACGAAAAGUUGUUCAAACAUCAGAUACUGGUUCAUCAACAACAACUAAAAGACGUAUGAUGUUAACAAUUGAAGUCAUGGAUGUUGAUUAUGAUAGUGCAGCAUGUGCACUUAGAGUUAAAGGACGUACAAUAGAAGAAAAUGAUUUUGUUAAAAAAGGUUCAUAUCACACUUUAGAUUUAGAAUUACAUAAUGCUUUCACAUUGCGAAAACAUGUAUGGGAUUCUAUAGCAUUAGAUCGUGUAGAAGUGGCUUGUAAUCCUGCCAAACAAGCUGAUGUAGCUGCAAUAAUUAUGCAUGAAGGUUUAGCUAAUGUAUGUCUAAUAACAGAACAUUUAACAAUAAAUCGACAAAAAAUUGAACAUACAGUUCCGCGUAAACGAAAAGGUCUUUGUGCUCAACAUGAUAAAGGAAUGGAGAAAUUUUUUGAUGUAAUCAUAGCUGCUAUGAUAAAACAUAUUAAUUUUGGUAUUGUUAGAGCAAUUAUUGUUGCCAGUCCAGGUUUUAUAAAAGAACAAUUUUUUCAAUAUAUGUUAGUUAAAGCAGCACGUGAUGAUCUAAGACAAAUACUUGAAAAUCGUACUAGAUUUAUAUUAUUACAUUCAAGUAAUGGUUUUAAACAUGCUUUAACAGAAGUUUUACAAGAUCCAUUAGUAAAAGAUCGUUUAGCAGAUACAAGAGCAGCUGGAGAAAUGAAAUUACUUGAUCAAUUUAUGCAUCUAUUAAAUGAUGAACCAGAAAAAGCUUAUUAUGGUCUUGAAGUUGUUGAAAAAGCUAAUCAAGCACAAGCAGUUGAAUGUCUUUUGAUAACCGAUGAACUCUUUCGAAAUAUUGAUUUUGUAAAACGACGUCGUUAUGUAAACCUUGUUGAUUCAGUUAAAGAAAAUGGUGGUGAAGUUCGAUUAUUUUCUAGUAUGCAUGCAUCUGGUGAACGAUUAGGUCAAUUAACAGGCAUUGCUGCUAUUCUACGUUUUCCUAUGCCAGAUCUUGAUUUAGCUGAUGAUCAUCAUCAUCAUCAUGAAACGAAUAAUGAACAAGAUGAAUUUAAUAAUGGUGAUCUACAAUCAAAUCCUAAUCGAACAGUUAAUCAUUUUAAUAAUAAUAAUGAUGAUAAUAAUGAUAAUGAAUCAACGAAUAAUUAUCGAACAUUGAAUGAGAAUCGAGCUGAAGCAUCAGCUUGGUGA